UAUCAAGUCAGACAAGCGUCUCUGGAACCCGCGGCGGCCGCGUCGCGCGUAAUUCAACUUGCAUCCUUAUCCAAACAAAACAUUUGUGUGUAAAAGAAACAGUGGCUUUAUUUAAAAAAUAUUAAAGUGUUUGAGUAAAUUUUGUGGGUGACUUUUUGAGUAAUACUGUGUUUUAAGUUUCAGUAGUUUUGUGUCAUAAAAUCAAAGUUUUAAGUUUUCUGGGUGUGAUCGUAAUGCAGAUUUUGUAAUCAGGUGAAACGAGCCGCCUACGGGCAUAAGACCGUGGACGAUGGAGACCAGAGCUGAUGAUGACGAGGCGCCCACAGACCCAGCGGCGAGGAAGCUCACACACCAUGACUACACAGAACUGGACUUUGAAGGUCACCGCGCCCACACCGUGUUUGUCGGCGUCCACGUGCCAGCUCGAAGACAUUCCCAUAGGAAGCACAAACAUCAUCACCGCAAUGGAGAAAAAGAUGUAGAGAGACCAGGGCCGGGGUUAAUGACACGAGUUAGAAGAUUAAGCGUCACUGAUGACGGCGAGACAUUAACACCACCAGCGCAAAGAGUACAAUUUAUACUCGGUGAAGAUGUCGACGACUCCACACUCGAGUCCCACCCUCUAUUCUCCGAAAUGGAGGAACUGGUUAAAGAAGGUGAUGAACUGGAAUGGAAAGAGACUGCCAGGUGGAUAAAAUUCGAAGAAGACGUCGAAGAAGGUGGAAACCGAUGGUCGAAACCUCACGUAGCAACAUUAUCACUUCAUUCUCUCUUUGAACUACGAAGUUUGAUACUCAAUGGAUCAGUCAUACUGGAUAUGGAGGCGAACUGCUUGGAACAGGUUGCGGAUAAUGUACUAGAUAAUAUGGUAGCCGAUGGUGGCAUAGGAUAUGAUUGCAGAGAGAAAGUCAAAGAUGCUUUAUUGAGGAGACACAGGCAUCAACACGAAAGACGAAACCACCACAACAACAUGUCAAGACUCCCUCUAAUUCGGUCACUAGCUGAUAUUGGACGAAACCAUUCAUCAUGUAAAAAUUUCCAGGAAGGUGGCUCUCGACGCUCCAGUUCGAGGAGUUGUCGGGGGUCCACCUCAUCUCCUCACACCGCUCUUCUUCAAGCGUCAGACGCCAGAGGUUCUUAUCUGGCAGUUCCAGUUGAAGAAGGCGGUUCUACAAGCGGCCACUCUUACAAAGGAGAAUUCAGUCGUUUCCUAGGCAUCCCUAGCGCGGGUGCUGCACAUGAUGAUGGCAUGGUGAAGAGUCCCAGCAGUAUAUCAAUGCAACGGAACCAUAGCUCUGGUGACCUUCCAAUGAAUGGAGAUAUAAACCACAAAUGCAAUACAAACUUCAUGCGAAAGAUCCCACCAGGAGCCGAAGCGUCUAAUAUUUUAGUGGGCGAAGUAGAUUUCUUAGAAAAAACGCUAUCUGCAUUCGUUAGACUGAAAACUGGAACAAUAAUGGGCGAUUUGACAGAAGUCCCAGUACCGACUAGAUUCAUGUUCGUAUUACUUGGACCGCCAAACAGUAACUCUAGUUUCCAUGAAAUAGGACGAGCAAUGGCUACUCUAAUGUCUGAUGAAAUAUUCCAUGAAGUCGCAUACCGAGCUAAGAAACGAGACCACCUUUUGGCUGGUAUAGAUGAAUUUCUUGAUGCAGUGACAGUUCUACCACCAGGGGAAUGGGAUCCAGCUAUCCGUAUUGAACCUCCAGCUGCCAUACCCUCCCAAGAUCCUCGAAAGCGGCCAAAUGAUAAUCACCCAAAAGAAGAAUUAGAUGAGGAAGAAGAGGAACAGAGACAGAGGGAAGAAUCAGGUUUAGCUAGAAGUGGAAGACUGUUUGGAGGUCUAAUAAAUGACCUCAAAAGAAAGAUGCCUUGGUAUUGGUCUGAUUUUAAAGAUGCAUUGGCGAUACAGUGUGUUGCCUCGUGGAUAUUUUUAUAUUUUGCGUGCUUGUCGCCUAUAAUUACUUUUGGAGGAUUAUUAGGGGAAGCUACUGGGAAAAAUAUGGCUGCAAUGGAAUCAUUAAUAUCUGGGUUUGUCUGUGGGAUGGGGUAUGGGUUUUUUUCAGGUCAACCACUAACAAUUUUAGGAUCAACCGGCCCAGUAUUAGUAUUUGAAACAAUCGUAUUUGAAUUUUGUCGCCAGAUUGGUUGGAACUAUAUGUCGUUCAGGUUUUGUAUCGGAACGUGGAUUACGAUAAUUUUGGUUAUAUUGGUGGCUAUCGAUGCCAGCGCAUUUGUCUGCUAUAUAACAAGGUUUACUGAAGAAAAUUUCGCCACAUUGAUUGCAUUUAUUUUCAUUUACAAGGCGGUAGAGAAUGUGAUAUCAAUCGGCAAAAAGUACCCUCUUAAGACACGCCCCGAUGAAGUUCUCAAUUAUGAGUGUUAUUGUUUGCCAAGCAAUUACUCCAAAGUGCCGGAGCAGUUUAAUUGGACUUCGGUAGACAAAGAGUCUUGUCAGCUCUAUAAUGGGACAUUAGCCGGCGGCGGAUGUGAUACAAAAGUGUACGUUCCUGACGUAUACUUAAUGUCUAUAAUUCUUUUCCUGGGUACUUUCACCAUAUCUAUCAUUUUAAAGGACUUUAAGAAUUCCUUGUUCUUUCCAUCCAAGGUUAGACAAAUCAUCAGCGACUUUUCAGUUAUCAUUGCCAUUUUAUCUAUGUCCCUUUUGGACUACAAAGUGGGUGUAAAAACUCCAAAAUUGGAAGUACCAUCAGAAUUCAAACCAACAUUACCCUCCAGGAACUGGGUCAUCACUCCUUUCAGUGGAAACCCACUUUGGUCAGCCCUAGUGGCAAUACUACCAGCUCUACUGGGAACUAUCCUAAUAUUCAUGGAUCAACAGAUUACAGCUGUUAUAGUGAAUCGUAAGGAGAACAAAUUGAAGAAAGGAUGUGGAUACCAUCUGGAUUUGUUCGUGCUGGCAAUUUUGAUACAGAUAUGUUCUGUGAUGGGCCUUCCUUGGUUUGUAGCAGCAACUGUCCUCAGCAUCAACCACGUCAAUUCUUUGAAAGUGGAAUCUGAAUGUGCUGCUCCAGGAGAAAAGCCACAAUUUUUAGGAGUUCGUGAACAGAGAGUGACUCAUAUAUUAAUCUUCUUGAUGAUUGGAUGUUCGGUGGUUCUGACGCCUGUGCUCAGUCACAUACCUAUGCCAGUACUGUUUGGAGUUUUUCUGUAUAUGGGAGUAGCGUCGCUGAAGGGACUACAGUUCUUUGACAGAAUCUUGAUAAUGUUCAUGCCUCAGAAAUAUCAGCCGGAUCACAUGUUCUUGAGACAGGUACCAAUCCGUCGUGUCCAUAUUUUCACAACGAUCCAGUUAACAUGUUUGGUCUGUCUCUGGGUUAUCAAAUCAUUUUCGAUGACCUCGAUUCUCUUCCCACUGAUGCUGGUGGUGAUGAUUGGCAUCAGGAAGGCUCUAGACCUGUUCUUCACACGAAGGGAAAUGAAAAUACUUGAUGACGUGAUGCCAGAAAUGACGAAGAGGAACCAGGAUGAACUGCGGGAGCUCGGCGAUGCGGAGGAAGCCACAAAAAGCAACCCGCCGCCGUACCAGGAGAAUCUACAGAUACCUCUCAUCAACGGGAAUAUCAUGAACAUACCGUUGACAUCAAUAAAUAUCUCGGAGGAAGUAAACAAAACCGGGAUAUGGAAACAAGUCAAUAAUAGUAACAAAAUGAAAAAAGAUAUGAAGAAUAAAACUGGAAAGAAAAAUAACAAACACAAGAAAUUAAUAAUGUCAAAAAAUGCACAAACUGAAAUCGAGAGGAGACUAUCUACGAUGGACGAGGUGGAAGAAGACGACUCAUCGACAAAGAAUGAACACGUAAGGCGCAAAGAUUCGUGGAGCAGUGGUUUAAGAAAAUCAGAUUCUAGAAAAGGUAGCUCUUCAGCUGAAACUUCGGUCUAAUCCUAGAUCUAGAACAAAUCUAAGUCUAAAUCUCAUUUAUAUCUAUCUACUCUUAACACAUUACCGUCAUAUUAUGUAGUGUUUAAGGAAAUUGGCACAAAGUGUGUUGAAAUAAAUUAGUAAGUAUACAUAUUAUAUGGUAUUGUACUGGUUUUUUUAUUAAGGUUUAUUUUGUAUGCCAAGAUGGAUUGUAAUAAAUCUUGAAUUGGAAUGUACGCUGUGUACUGUACUAAAAAAAUAUUAGACACGUAUUUUUCAUUUUGUCGUAUAUGAGAAAAAUAUAAUACUUAGAUAAAAUUAAUCAAAGUUUACGAAUGGGGGAGCAAAUCACGUAAUUAUAAAAUGUACCUAGAAGUGAUGUCACACGAUAUUUCAAAUCAAUAUAGCGUCGAAAGUAUUUGUUUCUGUAAGAAAAUAAAAAAUACGUGUCUAAUGUUUUAAAAUUAUCUACAAGACGGACAUUAAAAUAAAUAUUAGUCAUCUACCCUAUUUUCUACAAAAGUCAAUCUUUCUAGGCAUACAAAAUGAUCUAAAGGUCGAAGUUUUUUUUUAUAAUAACUAUCGUGAGAUAUACUAAAAAUCACGGUUUACUCACGUAAAUUAAUGGAUAAUAAUCAGUAGGUUGCGCGACGUCACCGCGUCUGCGCACGCUGCUCAUGAUGAAGAGUCCCUCUGUGACUCGAAACUAGUAGAGCUUUUUUCUAUUAAUUUACGUGAGUAAACCGUGAUUUUUAGUUCUUUUUCUUAUUUUUUUCCAUGUCCUAUUGAUAGAUUGCUGUGUAAUUAGUAUUAGGUCGUAAAAAAUAAUUUUAAUGUCAAUAUGCAAUAGUUUGUUACAUGUGUAGAUAUUUGGGAAACCUUUGGAAAUCUCAAGUCAGUAUUAAAGUAAAUAAACAAUACUAAUAUCCGUCUUAGACAUUUUCUAAACCAAUUUUUAAAUAACUUUAGUGAUAAUGAUUUAUUGAAUUCUUGUGGAAAUACUCGUAUUUCAAAAUGUUUUUAGUUGAUAUUAUUAGUUUUAACUUUUAAUUUGUUUAUAUUUAAAAAAUUAGGUGAAAUCUGUUUUAAUUUUAAUGUCCAGUACUUUGUGACCUAUUCCUUCGUCCUUUGAAGACAUUUAAUAAGAGAAAAAUAAUAAAAAAAGUUUAUAGAAUCAUAAAAAAAAAUUAAAACGAAGUGCCAAUAGAGUAACACCAUUAGUUUUUAGAUAAUCUGUACAAUUAAUACCAGGAUAGGAUUUGUAGAUGUCGCCAAAAUAGGUUUUUGAAAUAAUUGUUAUUAAUGAAAAAAUAUUAUUAUUUUCUAAGUAGGUACGUACAGAACGGCACAUCAAGCUAUACUUCAAACUUCAAUAGAUUUUCAACUAUAUUGUUUUGUAAUAAAGCAGAAAAUGUAUUGAUGUAAUUUGACAGUUAAGUUUUAUGUGCUGGGCUCUGUACAAUCGACGAGUUUGAAUGGUGACCCACUAUAAGCUUAUUUUCUUACAUACAUUCACCUAUAGAUACAAAUAUUUCCUUAGUCCAAACUUGGUCUUUGUUAUUUUGUAAUAAAAGUGGGUCACGAUUCAAAUUUUCGACAGUAUAUUUAUGUUAUUUUUUAAAUAUUUCGUAAGUACAUAGAGUAGUUUCACAAUGUUAUUGAUUAUUGUGUAAAUUAGACCUAAUAUUCAAUUAUGUGAAUCGCGAGUCAGGUAAGCUAUUGAAUAGUUCACAAUUUUAGUGUACUUUAUUUCAUCAUUUAAUUAAUUUCAUGUUAUUAUGAAACUGUGUAGUAUAAUUUGUUAUAUUUUCUGUGAUUAAAUUGUUGUUUAUUUAUUUAUAAAUGCUUAGUGUCGUAUUUUCUAGUCCUACGAUCGUAUGAAUCUUUAAUGAAAUAUGGAAAAAUAUCCAACAAGAGCGAAUCAACAAUUUUGCAUCAGUACAUGAUCAACAGUUCACUGCUGGACUAUUGGGCCUCCUAAACAUAAGAGAAAUAUGUAACGUGCAAAAUUGUAUGAGAAAUAGAACUUCAAAUAUAUGUAUGUACUUAACUUAUGUAGACAUUUCUAGAAAACUUUUCAACUGCACUCUUCAAUCAAUACUAUCCCAAUUUCUCCCUGUAAUCUCAUCUAUGUAUCUUCUAGAAUAAAAUAGCAAUAGAUAUAAGUAUUUAAAUAUAAGCAAAACAAUUAUUAUUUGUACCUGGGGCGUUUGUUACGAUUUGUAUCGUUUUUGGAAUAUAUUUGUGGAGUGUUAUGAAUAAAUGGGUUUUUUAUAAAUGUA